AAUAAUAUUAUAAAUAUGCUAACAUGGCAAGUCGGCGCGCGGUUGUUAGUCAUUCCGAUUCUGACGAUGGCAGCGAGUGGUAUUAAACUGGAAAGCGGCGACGGAAAGUGCCUGUUGGACGCUGGCAUACUGCCUCCGGCGGAUCAGGCCCGCUACGACCAUUAUCGCAUCUACAAUGUGCAAUUUGACAACCAGGAGCAGAUCGAGCUGUUCCAGAAGCUGGAGGAACAGAGCGACAGCCUCACAUUCAUCGGCCAUGCCCGCGAGAUUGGCCAGAAGUUGUCCAUUCUUGUGGCUGCGCAUCGUGUGGCAGACUUUGCCGAUCUGCUAAAGACCUACAAGUUGAAGCAUCGUGUUCUGACGUACAACUUUCAGGAAAAGAUCGAUCGCAAUAUGGGCGAGGUGCAGCCCGAGAGCAUAGAUGCCGCGCAGUACGACUGGCAGCAUUUCUUCCACCUGAAGACCAUCUACGGUUGGAUGGAUAAGAUGGCGAAGCAGUAUCCCGAUCUGUUGACCGUGCUCGACAUGGGCACAAGCACCCAGGGCCACGCCAUUAAGGGGGUGAAGCUGUCGAGCAAUCCGGACAACAAGGCCAUCUUCAUUGAGAGCGGCAUUCAUGCGCGCGAAUGGAUUGCACCGGCCACAGCGACGUACAUCAUCAAUGAGCUGCUCACCUCGCAGGACGCUGGCGUGCAGAAGCUGGCCAAGAACUACAACUGGAUCAUAUUUCCGUGCGUGAAUCCCGACGGCUACAAGUACACCUUCGAGCAUGACCGCAUGUGGCGCAAGAAUCGUCAAUUGUUCGGCACCUGCCGCGGCGUUGACCUGAACCGCAACUAUCCCGAUCACUGGAACUCCACCGGCUCCAGCAGUGACCCGACGCGCUAUGACUUUGCCGGUCCCUCUGCCGGCAGCGAGCUGGAGACGCAGUGCCUGCUCCAGUUCAUACGCAGCAACGUCAAGAAGGAGCAAAUCACAACGUACAUCGCACUGCAUUCGUACUCGCAGAUGCUCAUGUUCCCGUACGGAUACACCAAGGAGCGUGUGUCCAACUACGACGAUCUGCAGGAGUUUGGCAAGAAGGCGGCGGCCGCCAUCAAGGCCGAGAGUGGCCGCGACUAUGUCAGCGGGAGUCUCUACGAGACAAUCUAUCCCUCGAGCGGUGGCAGCAUGGACUGGGCCCAUGCCGAGGCGGGCAUACCCAUUGCCUAUACAUUCGAGCUGCGCGGUCCACCCGACAGCCAGGACCUCUUCAUACUCCCCGCCGUGGAGAUACAGCCAACGGCCAGCGAGGCCCUCACCGCCAUACGCGCCAUUGUGGAGGCAGCCGCCGAGAAGGGCUACUACAACUAGACAGCAAUUCAGCAAGGCCCCUCCCCGAAAACCUGAAGCAACAUCAAUCUGUAUCCGUUCAACGAUCUAGGCAGACUUUAAGUACUUAGUGUAUCUGACAUAUGAUAAUAUCUUUAUCUUUAUUGUAAUAAAAGCGUAUAAAAAACAACUUUAA